UCCUAUUUGCAAAUUAAUUAAUUAAACCAUGGCUCUUUCCCUCCAAGCAAAAGUUUUGAUCAAUGUGUUGAUGAUGUUAGGGACAUGGGCAACUCAAUCCAUGUCUGGACGACCAUUCAUAGAUGAAGAUGCCAUUACUCAGAAGCACGAACAAUGGAUGGCGCACCAUGGACGAAAUUAUCAGGACAAUGCAGAGAAAGAGAGGCGAUUUCAGAUAUUCAAGACCAACUUGGAAUUCAUCGAAAAUUUCAACAGUAACGCAAUCAAUAAGACGUAUCAGUUGAGUCUCAAUAUAUUUGCAGACUUAACUGAUGAAGAAUUCUUAGCUACCUACACUGGAUACAGGAUGCCCUCACUCCCAAAAACAAAUAAAACAACACCAUUCAAAUAUGCAGACCAGGCUGAUGAAGUGCCAGAAAACAAAGACUGGAGGGAAGUCGAAGGAGUUGUCACAUCCGUCAAGAACCAACAACAAUGUGGUUGUUGUUGGGCAUUUUCAUCCGUAGGAGCCGUGGAAGGAAUAAUUCGCAACGGCGUGUCCCUUUCUGCGCAACAAUUAGUGGAUUGUGUGAGUAAUAAUAAUGGCUGUGGUGGCGGUUGGAUGACUAACGCUUUCGAAUACAUAAUACAAAACCAAGGCAUCGUCUCAGAAGAUGAUUACCCCUACAAUCAAGUGCAAGGAAUGUGCAAUAGUGGGACAGCGAGCAACUCUGCUGCAAAGAUAACUGGUUAUCGAAACGUACCCAGCAACGACGAGAGCUACCUAAAAAUGGCAGUAGCGAACCAACCUGUCUCAGUGGCCAUCGAUGCAAGUACCUUCAAGCUUUACAGUGGGGGGGUGUUCAAUGGGGAUUGUGGGACUCGACUAAACCAUGCUGUUACUCUGGUUGGGUAUGGGACAAGCGCGGAGUAUGGUUCCAAGUACUGGCUCAUCAAGAACUCAUGGGGUGUCAACUGGGGAGAAAAUGGCUACAUGAAGCUUGAGAGAGAUGUCUAUGCCAGAGAAGGUCUAUGUGGCAUUGCAAUGCGAGCUUCAUAUCCUACCAUUGAUUAAUCCUCUCCUCAACACAUGAAUUAAGAUCAUGUUUUGGCCUACUUAGUUACAUAUAUUAUAUAUUUAUAUAAUAAAAUGGCCAAAAGACGGCUGUGUCACUUGGCUUCAACAGUCAAAGAACUAUCUAAUGCCCUUUUUUU